ACCACCCAAGAGAGUGUCAGCAAAAAGAGCACCUCGGUUAAUAAGAAAGAGAUUUACGAUAUCAAAACCAAGACAUGGACUGAAAUAAGUGAUGAUCUGAGUACGGCCGGCAUCAACAAGAAACAACCAUCAUAUGAGCGUUUCGUUAGCCACGGCCAGGAUGGCACCUGUAAAGUCACCUACAAGAAGAAAAUCUACGAUCAACGCAACAACAGAUGGCGUAUCGUCGAAGAGAAAACUGUUGACAAUGCUCACGAUACUGGUUUUCCUGAAAUAGCCGAUGAUGUCAUAAAUACAACGCGUACCACAUACACAACGAAAGUUUACGACUCUAAGCUCGGCCAGUGGAAGGUAGUCGACGAGAAGUCGUUUGUGGAUAGCAAAGCUUAUGUGCCGAAAGAUAUUGUUCGUGAAAUUGAAAAAGAUAAUACAGAUGUUGCCAAUAUUACGACAACGACAGAGAUCACAAAGAUUUACGAUGCAAGUAUUAAUGACUGGCGCGUUUUGGAUGAGAAGACACGCACCGAUGUCAUUGAAAAGAUUGUCGAGACACCGAAAAAGACCGUUUACAUCGAUGAGUUUGUGGAAAUCGAAAAGAAUUCCAAAAUUCUGGAGGAAAAUGAAAAUAUGGAAUACAAUUUGAAUAAGACCUCCAAGCGUAAGGAUAUAACGGAAAAUAUCUACGAUGAAACGGACGAGAGGCUACAGAUCGUCAAUAAGAAUAAGAAAACAAUCGAUUCACGAAAAGAUGGAGUCGACAAGUGGAAAAGCACACACACUGAAAUGUGUAUCUGUGAGAUCUGUACUUGUGGGCGUCAUCAUUGUACAACCAGUGACACAACAACCACAACUAAAACGGAUUCCCUAACAGAAUCGUUGGAUAUGGUUGACAAUGUUGAGACUAGAAUACGCACCAAUACAUGGUCCAAAGAUGACUAUGAGAAAAAUGAAUCUCUAACCACAAUCAGAAAAGGUCCCAAGGACUCUCCCACCAAACCACUGCCAGAAGGUCCCAACGAUCGCUAUACGGAUCGUUUUACCCAGGAUACGACUAUUCUUGAGAAUGAAGAAUACGAAUAUAUCGUUAGAACUAAACCAGUGCGACCCUAUGACAAUCUGAAGCCUGAAGGUGAAUUCUAUAAGCCGGAAAAGGAGGAAUAUCGUCCAUCCGAAAGACCAGUACCCAUUAAGCCGGGCGAUAAUUUACGUCCCGAAGGUGAAUUCUAUACACCUGAAAAACCAGGUUAUCGUCCAGCCGAGAGGCCACAACAAAAGAAACCCGAAGAUAAUCUCAAGCCAGAGGGAGAAUUUUAUGCACCCGACAAACCAGGUUAUCGUCCUGCGGAACGUGUUGAACGGGUAAUACAUACCGACAAUCUUCGUACCGAGGGAGAAAUGACUUUUGUCGAAAAGGAGGAAUACAAAUAUGUAUCAAGGCCAGAACCAGUUUUGCGGCCGGAUAAUUUGAAACCCGAGGGUGAAUUCUACACACCAGAAAAGCCAGGCUACAAACCGGCCGAAAGACCUCAACAAAAACGACCAGAAGAUAAUUUGAAACCGGAAGGAGAUUUCUACACCCCAGAGAAGCCUGGUUAUCGCCCAGCUGAGAGACCUGUUCAAAAGAAACCUGAGGAUAAUUUGAAACCAGAAGGGGAUUUCUAUGCGCCUGAAAAGCCUGGUUUUAGACCAGCCGAAAGACCUGUCCAAAAGAAGCCAGAGGAUAAUCUCAAGCCAGAAGGUGAUUUCUAUACUCCCGAAAAACCUGGUUUCAGACCUGCGGAAAGGCCACAGCAGAAGAGACCCGAAGACAAUCUCAAACCAGAAGGUGAUUUCUAUACCCCCGAAAAACUGCAGUAUAAACCAGGAGAACGCCCAAGUCAAGUUCGUCCUGAGGAUAAUCUAAGGCCUGAAGGUGAAUUUUAUACGCCAGAAAAACCAGGAUUCCGUCCAGCUGAAAGACCUCAACAAAAGAAACCCGAAGACAAUCUCAAGCCGGAAGGUGAUUUCUACACCCCCGAAAAACCAGGCUUCAGACCUGCCGAAAGACCUCAGCAAAAGAAACCCGAAGACAAUUUGAAACCUGAAGGUGAUUUCUAUACACCCGAAAAACCGGGAUACCGCCCAGCUGAACGACCACAACAAAAGAGGCCGGAAGACAAUUUACGUCCAGAGGGAGAGUUCUAUGCUCCAGAGAAACCCCACUACAAGCCGGGUGAAAGACCAACUCAGAAGAGACCUGAAGACAAUCUUCGUCCUGAAGGUGAUUUCUAUACACCUGAAAAGCCGGGUUAUCGUCCCGCUGAAAGACCCGAGCAAAAGAGACCUGAGGACAAUCUUCGCCCUGAGGGUGAGUUCUAUGCACCAGAAAAACCUAAAUACAAACCAGGUGAAAGGCCAUCUCAGGUGCGUCCUGAGGACAAUCUUCACCCUGAAGGAGAAUUUUAUACCCCCGAGAAACCUGGUUAUCGUCCAGCCGAGAGACCGGAACAAAAGCGACCAGAGGAUAAUCUCAGACCAGAAGGUGACUUCUAUGCUCCAGAAAAACCAAAAUACAAGCCCGGCGAGAGACCAACACAGGUUCGGCCAGAGGACAAUCUUCGUCCUGAGGGUGAGUUUUACGCACCAGAAAAGCCUGGCUUUAGACCGGCCGAAAGACCCGUUCAAAAAAGGCCUCAAGAUAAUCUCAAGCCAGAAGGAGAAUUUACAACACCCGAGAAGCCUCAGUAUCGCCCGGCUGAAAGAACUGAAAGAAUUAUUCACAAAGAUAAUCUUCGAUCUGAGGGUGAAAUGACUUUUGUGGAGAAAGAAGAAUAUCAGUAUGUCGUAAGGCCACAACAGGUUCGUCCUGAGGAUAAUUUAAGACCAGAGGGAGAUUUCUACACCCCAGAGAAACCUGGUUAUCGUCCAGCAGAAAGACCUGUUCAGAAGAAGCCUGAAGAUAAUUUGAAACCUGAAGGUGACUUCUAUACUCCAGAGAAGCCUGGAUAUCGUCCAGCCGAAAGACCCGUUCAGAAGAAGCCAGAGGAUAAUUUGAAGCCCGAAGGUGACUUCUAUACUCCGGAGAAACCAGGUUACAAACCAGCAGAAAGGCCUGUUCAAAAGAAACCCGAGGAUAAUCUCAAGCCUGAAGGCGACUUUUAUGCUCCCGAGAAGCCAACAUAUAUGGCAGGAGAAAGACCCAGUCAAGUACGACCAGAGGAUAAUUUAAGACCUGAGGGAGAUUUCUAUACUCCUGAGAAGCCUGGAUAUCGUCCUGCUGAGCGGCCCGUUGCCAAACGACCGGAGGAUAACUUAAGACCAGAGGGAGAAUUCACUGUUCCAGACAAACCCACAUAUAGACCUGCUGAAAAGACCGAACAGUACACCUAUGUCAGGAGACCAGAACAAGUUCGUCCAGAAGAUAAUCUCAAACCUGAAGGUGAGUUCUACACCCCCGAGAAACCGGGAUACCGUCCUGCUGAACGUCCAGUUCAAAAGAAACCUGAGGAUAAUCUUAAGCCCGAAGGUGAUUUCUACACUCCCGAGAAACCUGGAUAUCGUCCUGCUGAACGUCCAGUUCAAAAGAAACCAGAAGAUAAUCUCAAACCUGAAGGCGAUUUCUACACUCCCGAGAAACCUGGAUAUCGUCCUGCUGAACGUCCAGUUCAAAAGAAGCCAGAGGAUAAUCUGAAACCUGAAGGUGACUUCUAUACCCCAGAGAAACCAGGUUACAAACCAGCAGAAAGACCGGUUCAAAAGAAACCCGAGGAUAAUCUCAAGCCUGAAGGCGACUUUUAUGCUCCGGAGAAGCCAAAAUAUAUGGCAGGAGAAAGGCCCAGUCAAGUACGACCAGAGGAUAAUUUAAGGCCAGAAGGCGAAUUUUACACUCCUGAGAAACCUGGUUAUAGACCAGCAGAAAGACCAGAACAGAAGAAGCCACAGGACAAUCUUAAACCGGAGGGUGAAUUCACUGUUCCCGAUAAGCCAACAUACAAGCCUGCUGAAAGGACAGAAGUCAUUAUUCGUAAAGACAACUUGCGCACUGAAGGUGAAAUGACGUUUGUUGAAAAGGAAGAAUACCAAUAUGUGCGCAGACCAGAUCAAGUGCGACCCGAGGAUAAUCUGAAACCUGAAGGUGAUUUCUACACACCGGAAAAACCGGGCUAUCGUCCAGCAGAGAGGCCACAACAAAAGAAACCGGAGGACAACCUUAAACCGGAAGGUGAAUUCUAUGCUCCCGAAAAACCCGAAUUCAGACCAGCCGAAAGGCCGCUGCAAAAGAAACCAGAGGAUAAUCUUAAACCCGAAGGUGAAUUCUACACACCCGAAAAACCUGGAUAUAGACCUGCGGAAAAGACUGAACGUAUUAUACGAAAGGAUAAUUUGCGCACCGAAGGUGAAAUGACAUUUGUCGAAAAGGAAGAAUACACAUAUGUAAAGAGGCCAGAACAAAUACGCCCCGAAGAUAAUCUGAAACCCGAGGGUGACUUCUAUGCACCGGAAAAACAAGGCUAUAGACCAGCUGAGAGACCUGUUCAAAAGAAACCAGAAGAUAAUCUCAAACCUGAGGGUGAUUUCUAUGCGCCGGAAAAGCCUGGCUACAGACCUGCUGAAAGACCUGUUCAGAAGAAACCGGAAGAUAAUCUGAAACCCGAAGGAGAGUUUUACACUCCAGAGAAGCCAAAAUUCUUGCCAGGCGAAAGACCAUCUCAAGUCCGUCCGGAAGACAAUCUCCGUCCAGAGGGUGAAUUUACUGUGCCCGACAAACCUGAAUAUAGACCUGCCGAGAGACCAGUACAGAAGAAACCUGAAGAUAAUCUCAAACCGGAGGGUGAUUUCUACGCUCCAGAGAAACCUAAAUUUAUGCCAGGUGAAAGACCAUCUCAAGUUCGCCCAGAAGAUAAUCUCAGACCAGAGGGUGAGUUUACUGUGCCUGACAAGCCUGAGUAUAGGCCAGCUGAAAGACCUGUACAGAAGAAACCUGAGGACAAUCUGAAACCCGAAGGUGAUUUCUAUACUCCUGAAAAACCAGGCUAUCGUCCAGCUGAAAGGCCUGUUCAGAAGAAACCUGAAGAUAAUCUCAAGCCAGAAGGUGAUUUCUAUACUCCAGAAAAGCCUGGCUACAAACCAGCUGAGAGACCUGUUCAAAAGAAACCUGAAGAUAACCUGAAACCAGAAGGUGAAUUCUAUACUCCAGAGAAACCCAAGUUCAUGCCAGGUGAAAGACCAUCUCAAGUUCGCCCCGAAGAUAAUCUCAGACCUGAGGGUGAAUUUACUGUACCUGACAAGCCUGAGUAUAGGCCAGCUGAAAGGCCUGUACAGAAGAGACCUGAGGACAAUCUGAAACCCGAAGGUGAUUUCUAUGUCCCUGAACAAAUGAAAUUUAUGCCUGGUGAAAGGCCCAGCCAAGUUCGUCCCGAAGAUAAUCUAAGACCAGAAGGUGAAUUCUAUACUCCAGAAAAACCUGGUUACAGACCAGCUGAGAGACCGGUUCAGAAGAAACCUGAAGACAAUCUUAAGCCUGAGGGUGAAUUCUACGCACCUGAGAAGCAAGAGUUCAGACCAGCUGAGAAGAUUGAACGCAUAGUAAGAAAGGAUAAUCUCCGAACCGAAGGUGAAAUGACAUUUGUCGAAAAGGAAGAAUACACGUAUGUCAAGAGACCGGAACAAGUCCGUCCAGAAGACAAUCUGAAACCAGAAGGAGAAUUCUACGCACCCGAGAAGCCUAAAUUUAUGCCAGGUGAAAGGCCAUCACAGGUUCGCCCAGAAGAUAAUCUUCGGCCAGAGGGCGAAUUUACAGUACCAGAUAAACCGGAAUAUAGACCUGCCGAGAGACCAGUUCAGAAGAAGCCUGAGGACAAUCUGAAGCCAGAAGGAAGUUUCUAUGUUCCCGAACAGAUUAAAUAUAUGCCUGGAGAACGUCCAUCUCAAGUUCGUCCGGAGGAUAAUCUGAAACCUGAGGGAGAAUUCUAUACCCCAGAGAAACCCGGGUUCAGACCAGCAGAAAGACCAGUACAGAAGAAACCUGAGGACAAUUUGAAACCAGAAGGAGAAUUCUACACCCCGGAAAAACCAGGUUUCAGGCCAGCUGAAAGACCUGUACAGAAGAAACCUGAGGAUAAUCUCAAACCUGAGGGUGAUUUCUAUACUCCUGAGAAGCCUGGCUAUCGUCCAGCCGAAAGACCAGUUCAGAAGAAGCCUGAAGAUAAUCUCAAACCUGAGGGUGAUUUCUAUACUCCAGAAAAACCAGGAUAUAAACCUGCCGAGAGACCGGUACAGAAGAAACCUGAAGAUAAUCUGAAGCCAGAAGGUGAUUUCUAUACUCCAGAGAAACCAAAAUACAGGCCAGGUGAAAGACCAUCUCAAGUUCGUCCGGAAGAUAAUCUAAGGCCAGAGGGUGAGUUCACAGUGCCAGACAAACCUGAAUAUAGGCCAGCUGAAAGGCCUGUGCAGAAGAAACCAGAGGAUAAUCUCAAACCUGAAGGUGACUUUUACACUCCAGAAAAGCCAGGCUAUCGUCCAGCUGAAAGAACAGAAGUUAUUAUUAGGAAAGAUAAUCUGCGUACCGAGGGUGAGAUGACAUUUGUCGAGAAGGAGGAAUAUAGAUAUGUUAAACGGCCUGAGCCUGUUAAACCCGGUGACAACUUGAAGCCCGAAGGUGAAUUUUAUGCUCCCGAAAAACCCAAAUUCUUGCCUGGCGAGCGACCAUCUCAGGUCAGACCAGAAGAUAACCUUAAACCAGAAGGUGACUUCUACACCCCAGAGAAACCCAGAUAUCAACCGGGAGAAAGACCCAGUCAAGUUCGUCCUGAAGAUAAUCUUAAGCCUGAGGGUGAUUUCUACACUCCCGAAAAACCCGGAUAUCGUCCUGCUGAAAGACCCGUUCAAAAGAAACCAGAAGAUAAUUUGAAGCCGGAAGGUGAUUUCUAUACUCCUGAAAAGCCUGGUUAUAAACCUGCCGAAAGGCCGGUUGCUAAGAAACCAGAAGAUAAUUUGAGACCCGAGGGUGAAUUCACUGUGCCGGACAAACCAUCAUAUAAACCUGCCGAAAAGGUGGAAAGAAUUAUUCGCAAGGAUAAUCUUCGCACCGAGGGUGAAAUGACAUUUGUGGAAAAGGACGAAUAUACCUAUGUUAAGAGACCGGAACAAGUACGUCCUGAAGAUAAUCUCAGACCUGAAGGCGAGUUCUAUACCCCAGAGAAACCUGGCUUCAAGCCUGCAGAAAGGCCGGUACAGAAAAAACCUGAGGACAAUUUGAAACCCGAAGGUGAUUUCUAUACUCCUGAGAAGCCUGGCUAUCGUCCAGCCGAAAGACCUGUACAAAAGAAACCCGAGGAUAAUCUUAAACCUGAGGGUGAUUUCUAUGCUCCCGAAAAGCCUGGAUAUCGUCCAGCUGAAAGACCUGUGCAGAAGAAGCCUGAGGAUAAUCUUAAACCUGAAGGUGAUUUCUAUUCUCCUGAGAAACCAAAAUUCCAGCCCGGCCAAAGGCCUAGUCAAAUUCGUCAUGAGGAUAAUCUUAAACCUGAGGGUGAUUUCUAUACGCCAGAGAAACCUGGAUAUCGACCAGCUGAAAGACCAGUGCAGAAGAAACCUGAGGAUAAUCUCAAACCAGAAGGCGAUUUCUAUACACCUGAAAAGCCUGGAUAUAAACCGGCGGAGAGACCAGUGCAGAAGAAACCAGAGGACAACUUAAAACCAGAAGGCGAUUUCUAUGCUCCAGAGAAGCCUGGUUAUAAACCAGCUGAAAGGCCUGUACAAAAGAAACCUGAAGAUAAUCUUAAACCAGAAGGCGAUUUCUAUGCACCAGAGAAGCCUGGCUAUAAACCAGCUGAAAGACCCGUACAGAAGAAACCCGAAGACAACUUGAAACCUGAAGGUGAAUUCUAUACCCCAGAAAAAACAGGCUAUAAACCAGCUGAACGGACUCAGAAGGUCAUUCGCAAGGAUAAUUUGCGCACCGAGGGUGAAAUGACAUUUGUCGAAAAGGAGGAAUACAAAUAUGUCAAACGUCCAGAACCGGUCAAACAAACGGAUAAUCUGAAACCAGAGGGCGAAUUCUAUGCUCCGGAAAAACCAAAGUUCCGUCCUGGCGAAAGGCCAUCACAAGUACGCCCUGAGGAUAAUUUGAAACCGGAAGGAGAAUUUUAUUCUCCAGAAAAACCAGGUUAUAAACCUGCCGAAAAGAGGCCACAACCUGUUAAACCUGAGGAUAAUUUGAAACCUGAAGGCGAUUUCUUUACGCCGGAGAAACCAGGUUACAAACCUGCCGAGAGACCUGUGCAAAAGAAACCGGAGGAUAAUUUGAAACCCGAAGGUGACUUCUAUACACCCGAGAAACCAGGUUUCAAACCUGCCGAAAAACCGUUGGUUAAGAAGCCCAAGGAUAAUCUGAAACCAGAAGGUGAUUUCUAUACUCCCGAGAAACCAGGCUACAAACCUGGCGAACGUACGAAAAAAAUUAUACAAAAGGAUAACUUGCGUACCGAGGGUGAAAUGACAUUUGUGGAGAAAGAAGAAUACAAACAUGUCAAACGUCCAGAACCCGUUAAGUUCAAGGAUAAUCUCAAGCCGGAAGGAGAAUUUUAUGCCCCAGAAAAACCAGGUUACAAACCUGCUGAGAGACCGGUGCAGAAGAAACCUCAGGACAAUUUGAAACCUGAGGGAGAAUUCACCGUACCGGAGAAACCAGGUUAUAAACCAGCCGAAAGGACGACAAAGGUGAUACGCAAGGAUAAUUUACGUACCGAGGGUGAAAUGACCUUUGUGGAGAAAACCAAAUAUGUGGCUGGUGAAAGACCCAAACAGGUGCGCCAUGAGGAUAAUCUUAAGCCUGAAGGUGAUUUCUACACGCCCGAGAAGCCUGGCUUCAAACCUGGCGAACGACCUGUAGCUAAGAAACCCUCGGACAAUCUUAAGCCGGAAGGUGAUUUCUACACGCCCGAGAAGCAAGGUUUCAAACCUGGCGAACGUCCUGUGGCCAAGAAACCGGUUGAUAAUUUGAAACCUGAAGGAGAAUUUGUGACACCAGAAAAACCUGGCUACAAACCGGCCGAAAGGGUGCAGCGCAUUGUGCGCAAGGAUAAUUUGCGUACCGAGGGUGAAAUGACCUUUGAGCAAAAGGACACCUAUCAAUAUGUCAAGAGGCCGACACCAAUCAAACCCAGUGACAAUCUUAAGCCUGAGGGUGAAUUCUAUAAGAAGGAGAAGGAUGCGGGUCCCAAGGAUGUUGUGGAUCGCGUAACACCCAAGAGACCAGUGGAUAACCUGAAAAUGGAGGGAACUAUGGAAAUUACGCGCAAGAAUCAAACCAAGACCGAUCACACGGCCACAACUGUACGUCAAACCAAGAAGGUGGUACACAACAGUUCAUCGAUUAGCCUGGGUUCGGACACAUCGAUCCUGAAGACCACAAAUCAAAUUAGCUAUGCUUCGGGUAAAAAUGCUGUGCCUGUGGCAGAUUUGAAUACUCAAAAACCGGCUGAUGGUAUGGUUAUUGUCUCCACGAAGAGAGUCACGACUGUUAUUGGCAGCAAAAAUAAGAAGGAACCAGAAACCCAGUACGUGCGACGUCAGGGCAAGGUUAAUGUUAUUGAAAAUGUGGAGAAAUCCACCACGAUGAAGAAUAUUAAAAAUGUGGAAAAUAUCCACAAUGAAGAGGUGUCGAUGACACAGAAUCGUAUUAGCACCGCCAGGAAGAGUAUCCAACAGCAGGAUAUCAACGAUGUUAGUAGCACAAAUGUUGUUAACCGAAAUGUUAUACAGAGCGAUGUUACGAAUCGUCAGCAUCAACAUCAUCAUCACCACCACCAUCAUCAUCAUGAUGAGAGUGGUAACCAUACCCAUGUCCAUCGGAAUAUUGUACAUAAUGAAACUUGCCCAGUGGUGCAAAGGAAUUUGCUACAACAACAACAAAUAAAUAAAAAUAGUACCAUCACCAGCACUGCAGCCAAUAGUGAGGGCAAACAUAUUAGCAGUGAGGUUAGUAGCCACCAGAACGGUGUUAAUGGCAGUACCAUAAUUAAGGGUGGUGGCAGCCGCACUGUGACCUCAACUGUUACCCAACACACCGACAAGGAGUCGACAUGCUUGGCCAGCAAGAUAACCUCAUCGAGUAGUAAAACCCACACCGAAGGUUCCACCAUGACCACAACACGUCGGGUUACAAAUGUUAAUCAACGUAAUGGCAGUGGCUCCGAUAUGAAGAGUUUGAUUAGUGGUGGAGGUGGAACCAAUGAUAGCUAUAAUGUCAGCUCCAAAAUAACCAGAAAUGGUGGAGAAAAUGGCCACGUUUUACAGACCUCUUCCUCAAAGUCCAAUAUCAGUUCCAACAUUACACAGAGUAGUAAUGCCACCACCUCUUCCUCCACCAUGUCAAGCAGUAAACAAUUCCAUCAUCGCAAAACGGAAUUCUCCUCCGAAUCGAAUGUCGCGAAUAGCAUUCUCCAGCGUAAAGCGACACCCCAGGAAUCCCAGCAAAUUGGUAGCCUCUCUUCCAAUGCCAAGAUACAUCGUAAGAGUAUCCUGAAUCUAAAUGAACAGCCCUCGAGUUCAUGGUUCCCCAGUGAGAGACAAAGCUAUAGCAGUUUACAUCGUCAGAAGGUCGAAGCUGAGGGUGGUAAUAGUUCGUGUGUUGUGCACAAUGCCGGCGAACGUCGUAGUCACACUGCCAUACAUCGUGAAACAAAGGAAAUUCAACAGAGUAAUAAGAGCGCCUCCAAUACGUCCGCCUUGCAUCAUCAUCACCACACGACCACAAGUGCUGCAGAUUUCCCCUCGUAUAGGACAACCGAGCGGGUGGUGACACGGCAUCGUGGUAAUCAGUCGUCAUUUUCGUUAGGUGAUUCGGGUUCAUCGUCGUCGAUUUCCAGUAAUUAUAAAAUGGAAUAUAAAACAAUUCCGGUCACAACCACCACCUCCAAAUCCGCCAUCUCCUCCUGUGCUGUGCAUAAAAUAACACAAGGUGCAUUCCAACAAUCUAGGGAUACUCAAGAGAAUAAAUUUUUCAAAACUACCAAGUAA